GAGAAACCCUGUCUCAAAAAACCAAACCAAACCAAACCAAAACAAAAAAGAGUACUAAGGAAACUCAAAAAGGUUUACUUACCAGGAUAACAAUCCACUGACUUUUAAAGGUCGCUUUAGGUGUUUGGAGACUUGAUUAUUUGUUGUAAUCUGUGUUAGCUAAUUAUGAUUUGGGUUAAAGAGCUGGCAGUGAAGAUGAAGACAAGUAGAUGGAUUUGAGGUAUAUUUUGGAUAACAGAUCUUGCUGAUGGGUUAGAUAUGAGAGGUUGGGAAAGGGAGGUGUAGGAUUUCUGGCUAGAAUGACUGUGGGCUGUGUUGCCACUUGUCAAGAUGAAGAAGACUGGAGGAGGUGUGAUGAGCUAGGAUGGCAACAAAAUUUAGAGCUCUGAUGUGCCUGUGUUGAGAUAUCUAUGAAGUCGGAGGCAGAAAGAAAACCAGAGGUAUACAGUGACAGAAGCUAGAUGGGGGCAAGCUGUGCAUGCUUGCUUGAGUUGGAGAGAGCUGGAGAGAAGGAAGAGUAACAUUAGAAGUGGGAAGAUGGCAGGCCGGGUUCUUGAAUUCUCAAGGGAGAAAAGUUAAUGUGCAAGCUUGAUGGAGGGAAUAUAAAGUAGUUUUGGCUUUGGUGGUUUUGCUGUCCUUUCUGAAAGGUGAGGUGAAACCCUGGGUAAAUGCAUGUAUAUUGUAUAUGGCAGGUCAGAGGUUUAGAAAUGGGUCCAACAUCUGAGGAGGGAGAAAGAAGAACUGCUAACAACUGCUUGCUGUUGGCUCCUGAUUGCUGUUCAGGGAGAUCCUAGGGAAGUACUAAAGCAAUGGAAUGAUGCCCUUUGGUUCUUAAAUGUAAGCUUUUUUGUUGACACUUUACAUAAGUACAAAUAGAAAGGUACUCAAAUCAUGUGUAGGCCUUGAGUUUUCAUAAAGUGAACCCCCUAUUGUAACCAGUCCCCUAGGUUAAGAACAUCACCAGAACAAGAAACCCUCUUUCCUCAUCUUAAUUACCACUCCCCACAGGAGGCACCUCUUGCCUUUGAGUGCCACAGAUGGAAUGUACUUGUUUCUGAGCUUUCUAUGAAUGGAUUAAUGCUGCAUGCGAUUCUUCCCAUCUGUUUUGAUUCUUGUGGAGUUUGUUCCUGACAAGAGAUGAGCCGUCAGACUGCUACAGCAUUACCCACUGGCACCUCAAAGUGUCCACCAUCCCAGAGGGUACCUGCCUUAACUGGCACAACUGCAUCCAACAAUGACUUGGCGAGUCUUUUUGAGUGUCCGGUCUGCUUUGACUAUGUGUUGCCACCUAUUCUUCAGUGUCAGAGUGGCCAUCUUGUUUGUAGCAACUGUCGCCCCAAACUUACAUGUUGUCCCACCUGCCGGGGCCCAUUGGGAUCCAUUCGUAACUUGGCUAUGGAGAAAGUGGCCAACUCAGUACUCUUCCCUUGUAAAUAUGCCUCUUCUGGAUGUGAAAUAACUCUGCCGCACACCGAAAAGGCAGAGCACGAGGAGCUCUGUGAGUUCAGGCCUUACUCCUGCCCCUGCCCUGGUGCUUCCUGUAAGUGGCAAGGCUCCCUGGAUGCUGUCAUGCCCCACCUGAUGCAUCAGCACAAGUCCAUUACCACCCUGCAAGGAGAAGAUAUAGUUUUCCUUGCUACAGACAUUAACCUUCCUGGUGCUGUUGACUGGGUGAUGAUGCAGUCUUGUUUUGGUUUUCAUUUCAUGUUAGUCUUGGAGAAACAAGAAAAAUACGAUGGUCAUCAGCAGUUCUUUGCAAUUGUACAGCUGAUAGGAACACGCAAGCAAGCUGAAAAUUUUGCAUAUCGACUUGAGCUAAAUGGUCAUAGGCGGCGAUUGACUUGGGAAGCGACUCCUCGAUCUAUUCAUGAGGGAAUUGCAACAGCCAUUAUGAAUAGUGACUGCCUAGUGUUUGACACCAGCAUUGCACAGCUUUUUGCAGAAAAUGGCAAUUUAGGCAUCAAUGUAACUAUUUCCAUGUGUUGAAACGGCAAUCAAAUAUUUCUGGCCAGUGUUUAAAAUUUGCAUUUGAUUUCACAGAGAAUAAGGCACCCAUCUGCUUGCCAACCUAAUUAAAACUUUCCUGGUAGGUACAAGCCACCUGCCAGGUAAAUGAAAAGAAAAGCUGUUAAUACAGGAAACAGUUGCAUGUAGUAACACUAAUAUAUUUAAAAAUAAUUCAACAGUAAACCACUGAAAAAAUAUAUAUACCCAAGAUGGGCAUCUUUUGUAUUAAGAAACGAAACAUUGUAAAAUAUUUCUGAACUUUGUGUUUGUUGUAGAUUGAUUGUAUUGUUGACAAUUUUUCGGGGGUGUGUGUCUGUGCACGCAUGCGUGCACUUGUGUGGUUGGUUUUCCUUUAACAGACAAGCCAUCUGCGUGGUCAUGGACCACUGCUUUCCCCUUGUGAGUCAACAUAUAGUGCUGCUGUGGUUUUGUUUUUUGUUUUGUUUCUGUUUUCUUUUGGUGUGUGUGUGUAUUUGCUAAUUUUUAUUCUAGUUUUUCAUUAAAUAAAUUUGACUUUCUUUUCUGUAAUUCAGGUUUUUCUCACUUUUGUACCUUUUAAGUUAGUGUCUUUUUGAUAUUCAUAAUUGCUUAAUGUCAAAAGUUUGUGUUCAGUACAUACUUUCUUUUCCUUCAAUCAAUUUAUUAGAAAUAUUUUGAAUUCAGCCUUUUUGUGAAAAUAGGAAUUCCAGAAAGGAAAGGUAGCAGAGAAGCUGUGAAGGCUGGAGCAAGUACAGGAUGGGUCUUGUCGCUCUCUAUUACUGUCCUACGUGAGCACCAACAUCAGGUCAGGCUAACUCUUUGAAAGGUUAGGUUAGGGAGUAAACUCUGAUUUAUAUAAAUUAAAAAGAAAAUCAGGUUUUUCCUCUCUUCAAAUGUCUUGGGCAAAUCACAUGUUUAAAUUGGUUCUUGUAUUUAUUGGUUUUGCAAAAGAGUGCAUCAUACACAGUAUUUGUAAUUAAAGUAAAUCAUUUGUUUUUUAAAAAAGGCAGUUUGCAAAAAAAUGUUUUUGGUCUUUUAUAAUUCUCAUUAAAAGAUUAUCUGGCAAAUUAAAAAAAAAUUUAAUGUGUUUACUUUA